CCCUUUUUGAGAAUACCACCGCAUCUAUUUCCCCGCAGUCACCCCAACGACGAUGGCGCCGCCGCCCGUGGAAGUGCAGCGCAAGUUGACGGUGCUGGGGUACCCUGGCGUGGGCAAGUCGUCCCUGACGACUUGCUUCGUGGAGAACCGCUUCGUGGAGAACUACGACCCGACGAUUGAGAACACAUUCCACAAGACAGUCCGGUUCAAGCACGCGCACUUCGUGACCGACAUUGUCGAUACGGCGGGCAUGGACGAGUACUCGCACUUCUCACAAGCAGCGUCCGUGGGUGUCCACGGCUACGUGCUGGUGUACUCGAUUUGCUCGCGCACGUCCUUCGAGAAGCUCAAGUUGAUCAACGAAAAGCUGGUGAACCUCCUUGGAUCCGAACCCCCACGAGUGCUUGUGGGCAGCAUGUCCGAUCUCGAAGGCAAUCGCCAAGUGUCGCUUGAAGAAGGCCAGCAAGCCGCGCGGCAAUGGGGCUGUCCCUUCACCGAAUGCUCGGCCAAGCAAAACGAGAACAUCAAUGAAGUGUUCACUUACCUUAUCCGAGAAAUCGAGCGGGACUCGGGUCUCCUUGCCGUCGACGCCGACACGUCCUGUGUAGUGCUUUAACAUGUUGUUGCUGAAUAAAGUGCUGUAACGUUAUACUCGA